AUGCACAACAACAGCACUUAUGAGACGCCUAUGACUAUUUGGGCGCCACGGCCGCCAGCCUCGACUGGAGCGCCCGCGACCGCAGCCUCGUCUGCCUUAUCGUUAGCUCCAGCACCUUCGUCGGCCAGCGCGUCGUGCUCGCCCUUCACCAAGAGCUCGGCGCGUUACGCCAGACGCGUCGCGAUGGAAGGCAAGAGCUUGUUUACUUGCCACCAAUGCGGCGCCUUGCUCAAGUUUCAGUACAGUCCCAUGUCUAUUGAGGAGAAGAUCAUGCGGCUCCGCCCCGUGGUUUACGAGCAUCCAGCUGAGCAGCGAAAUAGCAAGGGAGAAGAAGAGGAGGAUCGACUUUCUCGACUUACAGAAGGAACAGACGCUGGAGAGACGACGGACGUGGAUGAAGAAGACGAAACAGCACAGACAAUUAGGUCGUCGCUAAGUCAACAGCAACAGCAGCAGCAAAAGACGUCGGCGGUGGUCCCGGAAAUUGUCUGGGAACGACAACACCUGGACCUCAGCAAAGAUGGGACUGUUUGGGUGCCUGCAGAGUUCGAUCUCAUGAAUGGAAUUGCAGCUUUUACGAGCUGCAAUCGCGGGGAUAUUGGACAAAGCAUUGUCGAUGUCGUGCCGGCACGGCUUUUGAAUAAAUCGCACUUGUGGAUAUCGGAUUGGAAGGUGGACCUUACUCUUCCACGGUGUGACGAAGAAGGAUGGGUGUAUGCAGCAUCGUACGCUGAGUUCAGCAAGACGGAGGUGUGUUUCAUGUCCGGAGAAGAGGUGGCAGACGAAGACAAACAUAACAGCAUUGCAGCAUCGAGUGAUGCGAUUUUACAGGUACGUCAAAGGCGUUUGAUCCGCAAGCGCCGCAUUGAUGGCAGCGAUCUCUGCUGGUUCCAGGAGCUAUUGGACUGCAGCACGGUUCUCCUGAAGAAGAGGUUGCCAACUUGCCAUGACUGCGAAGCUAAGGUAGUUUCCCGAUUCACCCAAGCAUUGCACGAACUUGAGAAAGAUCACGCACAAUACGAGGGUUUUAUGGCUCAGUUCGUGGAUGAAGAGCGAGCAUCAGGACGAACGUUUUGCGAUGACGUAGAGUACGAUGACGACGGUGAUGAGUGGCGUUCUGAUCCAGAGCUUCGCGCCCUGGAGGAAGAAGAGCGGCAGCUCAAGGCUGAAAUGGAGGCCAUUGAGGAUGAAACUGCACAGGUUGCAGCGAAGAGGCGUGAGCUUUGGUCAACCGGAAUGGACCUGGAGCAUUUGGUCCAUGGCACGUUUGCUGAAGGAGCCUUUUUGCAGCAUUUGUUGGGUUUGAGUCGCGACGAGCGCCAGUCCGUGGGUGUAUUCGCCGUCCAUGCCUCGGAUAUGCUACGCCGGCUCCAGCGUUACAACGUUUGCAACGAUGUUUUCCACAUUUGGCACGACGGUCUUUUUGGUACGAUCAAUGGCCUCCGGCUCGGUCGACUGCCGUCGAAGCCAGUAGAGUGGGUGGAAAUCAAUGCUGCGAUAGGUCAGGCAGUGUUGUUGCUGGCAACAAUUGCUGAUCGCGCUGAUUUUGAGUUUUCACGAAACCGCCUUGUGCCCCGAGGGAGCUACUCCCGUGUGGUCAAUAUGUACGGAAAGGAGUACAGCCUGUACAGCGACGGUGGCAUGUUUCGCCGUCGCGGCUUCAAUCAGGCCAUGAUUCUUUUCCUCGAGUGCGUGGAGGAUGCGGGUCGUCGCGCUAUGAAAGAAGAACCUUCACUCAAGUUUCCGUACAAGGUCGAGCGUGGUAAAAUCGGCGGUUUGCCUAUUUCACUCGGCAACGAUGAACAGUGGACUCGAGCUCUCAAGUAUAUGCUCACGCACCUCAAAUGGCUGUUGGCCUGGAUAUCAAAGCGCUACUGA